AUAACACUCACCACACAACCUCGAGAGAGCGAUUCACUGAAACACUCUUUACUAUCAUCCGCUCGGCUCUCGGCUUUAACGACGGAUUCGAUUUGCAAGAUGCUUUGAAUCGCAGCAGAUUCAUUUGAGACGGAUCAUUCAUCCCUUGUUUCGCCUGUCAAUAAAAGCCAUUCAUCUGCAGAGGACUGUGCGAGUAUUCAUAGAUCAGAAGAAAAGGACACAAACGCACUGUUGUAUCUUUAGUGCAGGAUGGUUGAUGUCAGCGCAGAAUGCAACAUCAGGGUGUUGUGUCGCUUCAGACCCCUGAACCAGUCCGAAAUCCUCCGAGGGGACAAAUAUAUUCCCACAUUUCACGGAGAUGACACUGUUAUCAUCGGGGGGAAGCUGUAUGUUUUUGACAAAGUCUUUCCCACGAAUUGCACGCAGGAGCAGGUGUACAACACGUGUGCCAAACAGAUCGUCAAAGAUGUUCUGGACGGUUAUAACGGCACCAUCUUUGCGUACGGACAGACGUCGUCCGGUAAAACCUACACUAUGGAGGGAAAACUGCACGAUCCUGACAAAAGAGGAAUCAUCCCGAGGAUCGCUGAAGACAUUUUCAACCACAUUUACACCAUGGACGAAAACCUCGAGUUCCACAUUAAGGUUUCCUAUUUGGAAAUCUACAUGGAUAAAAUUUGUGACCUACUUGACGUGAGUAAGACACACUUGUCCGUGCAUGAAGACAAGAACCGAGUUCCCUAUGUGAAGGGUUGUACUGAACGUUUUGUCUCCAGUCCUGAAGAAGUGAUGGAUGUUAUUGAUGAGGGCAAAUCCAACCGCCACGUCGCUGUGAGUAAGACAGGUGCGGAGGGAGCCGUCCUGGAUGAAGCCAAGAACAUCAACAAGUCUCUGUCUGCGCUGGGGAACGUCAUAUCAGCUCUGGCUGAAGGAACCAAGACUCACAUGCCGUACCGAGACAGUAAGAUGACGCGGAUCCUGCAGGACUCUCUGGGAGGAAACUGUAGAACCACCAUGUUCAUCUGCUGCUCACCUUCAGCCUUCAACGACGCCGAGACCAAAUCCACCCUGAUGUUCGGACAAUGAGCAAAGACCAUCAAGAACACGGCGUCUGUGAACCUGGAGCUGACAGCAGAGCAGUGGAAGAGGAAAUAUGAGAAAGAGAAAGAGAAGAACAAGAACUUGAAAGAGAACAUCCAGAGACUGGAGGCAGAGCUUAACCGCUGGCGUAACGACAUUUACCAUGGUAAUAACCAUGGUCCUCAUGGACUUACCUUGGAGCACCAUGAUGAUGAGAUUAAUUUACAGUGUCAGCUGGUGGAAAAACUGAAGGAGCAAAUGCUGGAUCAAGAAGAGCUGCUAGCGUCGUCGCUUGGAGACAGUGAGCGCGUGCAGUGCGAGUUGAGUCGUCUUCAAGCGGACAGCGACAGCGCGAAGGCCGAGGUGAAGGAGGUUCUGCAGGCGCUGGAGGAACUCGCUCUGAACUACGACCAGAACAGUCAGGGGGCAGAAGACAUGAGAAUCCAUAACAGACGCCUCAUCGAGGAGCUGUCGCACAAAACCGUUUUUUCCAUUUUGCAUGCAGCAAAAACACUGCUAGCGUCGUCGCUUGGAGACAGUGAGCGCGUGCAGUGCGAGUUGAGUCGUCUUCAAGCGGACAGCGACAGCGCGAAGGCCGAGGUGAAGGAGGUUCUGCAGGCGCUGGAGGAACUCGCUCUGAACUACGACCAGAACAGUCAGGAGGCAGAAGACAUGAGAAUCCAUAACAGACGCCUCAUCGAGGAGCUGUCGCACAAAACCUCGGAUCUGAUGUGUUUGGAGGCGGAGUUUUCCCGGCUACAGGAAGUGAGCAGCCAGCAGAGGAAGUGCAUCACUGAGGUGUUAAACACUCUGAUGAAGGAUCUCAACAGCUUCAGCUUCAUACUGGGAAACAGAGACCUCAGACUGCCGUGUGACCUGUCGGGUGUGUUGGAGGAGGAAUACGCCGUGGUGUGUGUGUAUGUGAGCAAAGUCAAGUCUGAGCUGAAGUCGCUGGUGAAACGCUGCGGACAGCUGGAGGCUUUACAGACCGACUGUCACCGAAAGAUGGAGGAGACCGGCAGAGAGCUGUCGUCCUGUCAGCUGCUCAUAUCACAGCAUAAAGCGAAGAUCCGCUCUCUGACCGAAUACAUGCAGAACAUGGAGCUCAAGAAACGGCAGCUGGAGGAAAACUACGACUGUUUGAGCGAAGAACUCACCAAACUACAGACUGCAGAAAGCGCUCAGGAUGAUUUGCUCGACACUGACGAGUCUGCAAACGUGAAGUCUCACAGAUCUGCGGACGCUCAGCGUGAGCCGCAGCACAAGCAGCUCGGCCGUCUGGUCCUGAAGAACCGAGAGCAGGAGAAGAGCCGACAGCUGGAGGAGCUCAGAUAUCUGCACGAGCGACAGGAGCAGACCAGGCAGGACAUGAAGGGUCUGGAGGAGACCGUCGCUCGUGAACUCCAGUCGCUCCACAACCUGAGGAAGCUGUUUGUUCAAGACCUCACGACUCGAGUCAAACGGAGCUCUGAGCUGGAGCGGGAUGACAGCGGAGGCUGUUCCACACAGAAACAGAAGAUCUCCUUUCUCGAGAACAACCUGGAACAGCUCACAAAAGUUCACAAACAGCUGGUUCGUGAUAAUGCAGAUCUGCGCUGCGAGCUUCUGAAGCUGGAGAAGCGUCUUGGUUCUACGGUGGAGCGGGUUCGAGCGCUGGAGGACGUGCUGAGAGAAGCCAAAGAAGGAGCCAUGAAGGACCACCGGCGCUACCAGCAGGAGGUCGAGCGCAUUAAAGACGCCAUGAGCAGCAGAAACGUUUUCAGAUGGCCUCACGCUGCGCUCAUCGCCAAACCGAUUCGCCCAGGACAUUACCCCGCCUUCUUAUCAGCCAAUCACAUGUUCACGCGCAGCAGGGAUCAGCCAAUCACCUUCAGCAAUGAGAUGUUCAACAGCGCCACUGAAAAACCCAAAACCACGAAAACAGAGUCCAGUUUCACCAACAAAACGCUGCCAGAGAACGAGAGACACAUGAACGCCACACACAAACUCAACAUCACCAACGGAAAUGCCACAGAUGUGAAUGAAAACAGUGUGUGUCACGAUGAGCUGUCUGACGAUCUCCAGCACAAACACAAGCUUCACGAGCAGCGUGCCGCCAGCUAAACACACACACAUACACACACACACACACACACACACACAC